CGUGUAUUUUCGUACAUGCGACAAGACCACAACGAUCGGGAAAAAAAGCUAUCGACCAUGACAAAUUAUCAGAAGGUGUAUAAAUAUCGAGUUGUCGCUCCGACUGUUCACAAUUCAAGUUCAUUUCCACUAGAUAGUAUUCUUCGUAAAAUGGCUGGAAUCAUUUAUCUCUUUGUCGUGGCUUUGGCACUAUCCUCUGUCGAUGCUGAUAGUUAUUGCCAAUUGAAUAACUGCAAGGGCAGACCUCACACCCUGUGCCUAUACCCGUCUCCAAAACCGGCCAAUCAAUGCGUCGCUUAUAAAAGUGCUUCUCUCACUGAAGAAGAGAAGAAUGAAAUUCGUUUGUUACACAAUAAAUUGAGAAAUCGAGUUGCCAGUGGUCGAGAGACUCGUGGAAUUAAUGGUCCUCAGCCGGCUGGAUACAUUCCACCUCUGGAAUGGGACGAGGAAUUGGCCGAAAUUGCCCAACGCUGGGCGAAUCAAUGUACCGAUGGGCACGAUCAAUGCAGAAAUGUUGAACGUUUUCCCGUCGGGCAAAAUGUGGGUCGUAAGGGUUGGUCCAACGGAUACAAUGCUAAAGUCAGUGAGAUUGUCCAGGCAUGGUACGACGAAGUCGAGAACUUCGACAGCCAAGUAGUUCCUUCCUUCCGUUCUAGUAAAAAACUUACUGGUCACUACACUCAACUUGUUUGGGGAGAGACAACUCGCAUUGGUUGUGGUCUUAUGAGGUACAAGAGGGGUGCCAUGUUCACUGUUCAUCUCGUCUGCAAUUAUGGUCCAGCUGGUAACUGGCUGGAUGAACCAAUCUACCAAACUCGUUAAAAAUUGAGUGAAAUAUCGUAGAAUUCCACCAAUUGCGGCCAAAUGGACAAAGGCUAAUAAAAUGAAAAAAAAUAAUGAUAAACAAAUGAUAAAUGAUUUUGAAAAAACUGUGAAUUUAAUUGUACGAA